ACCCCCCCCCCCCCCCCCCCCGGGCGGGCGGCGUCACGUACAUAAAAUCUUCCACAUUUAUGAAAGUAAAUAAUUUUGUUCAUACGGUUUGGUCGGAUUUUAUAAUUCUGCGCUUUGGAGUGUCCUGCAGCCGAUCAGCUUCGUCAAAUUCAGCCGUCCGAUUAUAACAAAAGGCGGUAACCAUGGCGUUUCUCAUCCCAUCCCCAGAUUCCCAGAAAACUCCCUUUUAGGUUUUUCACGUCACACACUCAAACACGCAGUCGCAGACCAACCCUUCUCGUCUCUCGUCUGCAACCGUAAUCUUCGAUUCUUCACCAGGGAUCUAUUUCGAAAACUCCAUAAACCCUUUCCACCAAGUGACCCCCUCUAAAGCCCUAGCCCUAACCCCUAUCCCCACUCUAAUUCCUGAGUCAUGUACCUCUACAGCCUCACUCUCCAGCGAGCCACCGGCAUAGUAUGCGCCAUCAACGGAAGCUUCUCCGGCGGCAAGGCCCAAGAGAUUGUUGUCUCCCGCGGCAAGCUCCUCGAGCUUCUUCGACCCGAUGACAGCGGUAAGAUCCAAACCCUUCUCUCCGUCGAAAUUUUCGGUGCCAUUAGGUCUUUAGCUCAGUUUAGGCUCACUGGGUCUCAGAAGGACUAUAUUGUUGUCGGGUCCGAUUCGGGCCGGAUUGUUAUCCUCGACUACAAUAAGGAAAAGAAUGUUUUUGAUAAAAUUCACCAAGAAACCUUCGGGAAAUCGGGGUGUCGCAGAAUAGUUCCGGGCCAGUACUUGGCUACUGAUCCGAAGGGUAGGGCGGUGAUGAUCGGGGCUUGUGAGAAGCAGAAGCUUGUUUAUGUGCUGAAUAGGGAUACAGCAGCGAGGCUGACCAUUUCGUCGCCACUGGAGGCGCAUAAAUCGCAUACAAUUGUGUACUCCAUUUGCGGGGUUGAUUGCGGUUUUGAUAACCCAAUAUUUGCCUCCAUAGAGUUGGAUUACUCCGAGGCGGACCAGGAUUCUACUGGGCAGGCAGCAAGUGAGGCCCAGAAGCAUUUGACUUUUUAUGAGCUUGACUUAGGGCUUAACCAUGUGUCUAGGAAGUGGUCGGAGCCAGUUGAUAAUGGUGCAAAUUUGCUUGUUACUGUUCCCGGAGGAGGUGAUGGCCCAAGUGGUGUGUUAGUUUGUGCUGAAAAUUUUGUGAUAUAUAAGAAUCAGGGACACCCGGAUGUUAGGGCUGUGAUUCCAAGACGUGCAGAUCUGCCUGCUGAGCGAGGGGUUCUUAUAGUUUCUGCGGCAAUGCAUAAGCAAAAGGUGAUGUUCUUCUUUCUGUUACAAACGGAGUAUGGAGAUAUUUUUAAGGUUACUUUGGACCAUGACAAUGACCAUGUUACAGAACUGAGGAUUAAGUACUUUGAUACAAUUCCGGUUACUGCUUCCAUGUGUGUGUUGAAGUCAGGACACUUGUUUGCUGCUUCUGAAUUUGGGAAUCAUGCUUUAUAUCAGUUCCAGGGGAUAGGUGAUGAUGCUGAUGUGGAGUCUUCGUCAGCUACAUUGAUGGAAACUGAAGAAGGUUUCCAGCCUGUGUUUUUCCAGCCCAGGCGACUUAAGAACCUUCUUAGGAUUGACCAAGUUGAGAGCCUGAUGCCAAUAAUGGACAUGAAAGUCAUAAAUCUCUUUGAAGAAGAAACGCCUCAGAUAUUUACGCUUUGUGGUCGGGGUCCUCGGUCGUCUCUAAGAAUUUUAAGACCUGGUUUAGCUAUUAGUGAAAUGGCUGUGUCGGAGCUUCCUGGUGUGCCAAGUGCAGUUUGGACUGUGAAAAAGAAUGUGAAUGAUGAGUUUGAUGCAUACAUUGUGGUGUCGUUCUCAAACGCGACUCUUGUUCUUUCCAUUGGCGAGACAGUUGAAGAAGUUAGUGAUAGUGGGUUUCUUGAUACUACCCCUUCACUUGCUGUUUCUUUGAUAGGUGAUGACUCACUCAUGCAAGUUCAUCCUAAUGGCAUUAGGCAUAUUAGGGAGGAUGGGCGUAUCAAUGAGUGGAGGACUCCUGGGAAGAGGACUAUUGCUAAGGUUGGCUCUAACAGGCUUCAAGUGGUCAUUGCACUUAGUGGUGGCGAAAUUGUGUAUUUUGAGGUGGAUGCCACUGGUCAACUGAUUGAGGUUGAUAAACACGAAAUGUCAGGUGAUGUGGCUUGUUUGGACAUUGCCCCUAUACCUGAAGGAAGGCAGAGGUCUCGUUUCCUUUCAGUUGGUUCAUAUGACAACACAAUUCGUAUCUUGUCGUUGGACCCAGAGGAUGGUAUGCAAAUUCUGAGUGUGCAAAGUGUUUCUUCAGCUCCAGAAUCUCUCCUUUUUCUUGAAGUCUUAGCAUCGGUAGGUGGGGAGGAUGGUGCUGAUCAUCCUGCCAGCCUUUUUCUUAAUGCCGGUUUACAGAAUGGAGUUUUGUUCAGAACAGUUGUUGAUAUGGUGACUGGUCAACUUUCUGAUUCUCGUUCUCGAUUCUUGGGACUGAGAGCCCCAAAGCUCUUUUCUAUCAUUGUAAGAGGCAAGAGUGCAAUGCUUUGCUUGUCAAGUCGACCUUGGCUUGGUUAUAUUCACCAAGGACAUUUUCUUUUAACACCCCUCUCCUAUGAGACUCUUGAAUAUGCAGCAUCAUUUGCCUCUGACCAAUGUGCGGAAGGUGUAGUUGCUGUUGCCGGUGAUGCUUUGAGGGUUUUUACUAUUGAGAGACUGGGAGAAACGUUCAAUGAAACUGUGAUUCCCCUAAGGUACACACCAAGGAAGUUUGUGCUUCAACCCAAACGAAAAUUGUUGGUAAUUAUUGAGAGUGAUCAAGGAGCAUUCCCAGCUGAAGAGCGUGAAGCUGCAAAAAAGGAGUGCUUUGAGGCUGCUGGAAUAAGCGAAAAUGAAAAUGGUAACGUGGAGCCAAUGGAGAAUGGUGGUGAUGAGGACAAAGAUGAUCCCCUCUCGGAUGAGCACUACGGCUAUCCCAAGGCAGAAUCAGACAGGUGGGUUUCUUGCAUUAGAGUUCUUGACCCAAAGACAGCCAGUACAACUUGUCUGCUGGAGCUUCAGGAGAAUGAAGCUGCGUUCAGCAUAUGCACAGUGAAUUUCCAUGAUAAGGAAUAUGGAACUCUUUUAGCCGUAGGUACCGCAAAGGGACUGCAGUUUUGGCCCAAACGAAGUGUAGCUGCUGGUUUUAUUCAUAUUUAUAGGUUUAUAGAGGAUGGAAGGUCCCUUGAGCUAUUGCACAAGACACAAGUGGAAGGUGUUCCAACAGCUUUGUGCCAGUUUCAGGGACGAUUACUUGCAGGUAUAGGAAAUGUUCUCAGAUUAUAUGAUUUGGGCAAGAGGAGAUUGCUUAGAAAAUGCGAGAACAAGCUGUUCCCUAGCUCCAUUGUCUCCAUUCACACUUACCGUGAUCGGAUAUAUGUUGGCGACAUUCAAGAGUCAUUCCAUUACUGCAAGUACAGACGUGAUGAGAAUCAACUGUAUAUAUUUGCUGAUGAUAGUGUUCCAAGAUGGCUCACUGCAUCAUACCACAUAGAUUUCGACACCAUGGCAGGUGCAGACAAGUUUGGGAACAUGUAUUUUGUGCGGUUACCACAGGAUGUAUCAGAUGAGAUUGAAGAAGAUCCAACUGGCGGGAAAAUUAAAUGGGAGCAAGGGAAGUUGAAUGGAGCUCCCAACAAGGUAGAUGAGAUUGUGCAGUUUCACAUUGGUGAUGUGAUCACCUGCUUGCAGAAGGCAUCUCUAAUUCCAGGUGGUGGAGAGUGCCUCCUAUAUGGCACAGUGAUGGGGAGUUUGGGGGCAUUGCUAGCAUUCACCUCUCGUGACGAUGUUGACUUCUUUUCUCACUUGGAGAUGUAUAUGAGGCAGGAACAUCCACCUUUGUGUGGAAGAGAUCAUAUGGCUUAUAGAUCUGCUUAUUUUCCAGUCAAGGAUGUGAUUGAUGGGGAUCUAUGUGAGCAGUUCCCAACACUGCCUCUGGAUUUGCAGAGAAAAAUUGCAGAUGAAUUAGAUAGAACUCCAGGGGAGAUACUGAAGAAGCUGGAAGAAGUUAGAAAUAAGAUCAUUUGAGGAAAAAUAGACCUAAAGAUCGCUGUUUUAAUCUACAUGGAUCUGUUUUUCCAUUAAAAAAAGGCAAUGAGAGAUGAGCGUUCCCUAUGAGCACCCUUCAGUUUGUUCUUUCCUGACUCUAGAAUGAGACACGGACAUUAAUGUUGGGAAAAGCCAAGCAUAUUGGAAAAAGAAGGAUGCAAUCCUCUUAAGUCAUAUUUAUUUCUGAUACGCUCUUUGCUUGGAAUUUUAUUAGGUGACUGUAUCUCUAUCUGGUGUACGUGUCUUAAGGCCUGCACGGCUAUCAGAUUUGUUCUUCACUUAUGUCGGCCACACAUCCGGAUGGUAAAACUAAAAAACUUGUAUAGUCCAGCAGGAUCAUGGUGUGUGAUUACUGCAUGACUCGGUUAGCUUAGAAUGUGAAAAUGAGACACUGCUGCUGGUAGAAAUGAUCAAGAGUGACAGGAAGUUCGAGUGUAGUAGCAGUUAAAGUUUGUAUUUCCAUUUAUUCUGGUGGAUUUCUCCAAAUUGUUCAAGAAGAAAACCUCGCCUUUUCGCAUUAUAUGGCACAUUUGUUAAGCACAUCACUGUAUGUAACUUACUGCUGGGUUCCACGUAAAGUUAUCAUUUUGUUUUC